CCUUUGAUCUCCAGUUAAGAUUCAGCUGCGAAACAACAAUGGUGGAAAUAGAAUUGCGCAAAAGGAUUUUAAGCACAGAAAAUAAAGUACAGAGGGAACAAAAUAAGAAUUUCAAGAACGACACAGAGUAUGCCUUAAAAUUGAAUCGAUGGCUGUUGAACCCAAUUUCAUUAUGGCCACUAUCGUCACAUGUAUCAGCACUCAAGAAAAUCCAAUUUAAAUUUAUACGAACAAGCUGCUUCAUCUUCCUGGCAUUUGUAAUAAUCCCAGCCUGUCUGCAUACGAUCCUCGUACAGAAGGAUCCCAAAGUGAAGUUAAAAAUGAUCGGACCUCUCGGUUUCUGCGUAAUGGUUAUCGUGAAAUAUUUCGUCUUCGUCGUUCGUGCUAAAAAUAUAAAAAUAUGCGUCGAUCAUGUUGUCGCAGACUGGCGCAACGUUAAUACGACUGAGGAUCGUGAGAUCAUGAUUGACAGUGCAAAGAUUGCUCGGAUAUUCACUGUUGGUGCUGCACUCCUCAUGUACGGUGGUGGUUGUUCUUAUACCAUGCUUCUGCCACUGACAGCAUCCAAAUCUGUAUCGAGUUCUAACGUUACGAUAAGGGUGCUCCCGUACCCCUGUUAUUUCUUUUUCUUCGAUCCCCAGGUCAGUCCUACAUACGAAAUCGUAUUUAGUGCUCAGAUCUUGUGCAACAUUGUCAGAUAUUCCACGACAUCCGGAGUCUGCAGCUUGGCUGUCGUAUUUGCAAUGCAUGUUUAUGGUCAGUGUCAAGUUUUGAUGAGACUUUUGGAAGACUUCGUAAACGGCGACAGAGAGAAAUCAUCAACUUUACACCAGAGACUGGCCAAUGUUGUUGUGCGUCACUUGCGGAUUCUUAGGCUGAUAUCUACAAUGGAAAAUAUUUUUAAUGAGAUUUUUCUUAUAGAGGUGGUUGGUUGUACAUUCAUUUUGUGCUUUCUUGGAUACUAUUGCAUGACGGAUCUGACAGAGAGCGAAACAGUUGGCCUAAUUGCGUAUUUUCUUUUAUUAAUAUCACUGACGUUCAAUGUCUUCGCGUUUUGUUACAUCGGAGAGCUUAUAACGAAUCAGUGCAUGCAAAUCGGACAGGCGGCUUAUAUGACAGAGUGGUACAGAUUAGAAGGGAAAAACGCCAGUAAUUUAAUUGCACUAAUUAUCAUCUCAAAUCGUCCAGUAUUUCUGACAGCUGGAAGAAUGAUAAACUUGUCUUACAACAGUUUUUGUCAAGUGAUAAAAUCAUCUUUAGCGUACCUGAAUAUUCUUCGUCAAGUAACGAUGUAAGAUAUUGCGAAUUUUCAAAGGAAAAGCAUAUAGUUCAUGUUUCUCAGUCUACACUAGUUAAAUAAAUAAUCCAAUACGGACACGUGAAA